AGUCCAACACGGAUAAUUUCUGUUUCACAGCAAGUGUGGCUUCGACGGGAACAUAAUAAAUAUAUGUAAUAUUUGUAGUAUUUGUAAUAGUUCUUAGUACUAACGUAGUUUAGUAGUUAAAGAAGCGGUAGCCUAGUGCUUUUAAAUUAACCGCUGCCCGCCGCCCCCCGUGUUUCCGCAGUGGUUCGGUCCGACGACGUCCUGCGCGGGAGCGGAAAACGUGCGUCGGCUUUACGGAAAAGGAGCGUUUUGUUGUAUUGAUGAAAUAAUAUCUUCUACAAGCUCCAAUUUACUACAACCAGCACAUUUUCCUCUCAUAAGAAGCCAACACAGAACGGAGUUUGGUUUCAAAUCCAAGAUGGCCGGAGACUGGAAGCCAGGCGACCUGAUUUUUGCCAAAAUGAAGGGUUAUCCUCACUGGCCUGCGAGGAUCGAUGAAGUGCCAGACGGUGCUGUGAAACCGUCCAACAUCAAAUAUCCGAUUUUCUUCUUCGGCACUCAUGAAACAGCGUUUCUUGGGCCGAAGGACAUUUUUCCGUACCAACAACACAAAGAAAAAUAUGCGAAACCAAACAAAAGGAAAGGCUUCAAUGAAGGAUUGUGGGAGAUCGAAAACAACCCAAAAGUUGAGCUGACUGCGCCCAAGCCGGUUCCUCCUCCUUCCUUCCUGGAAAAGGAUUUGGAAAGCGGUCCGGAAGGAGAAGAAGACGCAGCCGAUAAAGGAGUCAAACCCAAAGUUCCAGGAAAAGAGGCUGAGCAGGAGAAUGAUGAUGAGGAGGAGGAGGAGAAAGAGGAGGAGGAAGGGUCUCUGAUGUCUGAGCAGGGUCCUCAGAUCCAGGAUGUUUCUGCUCAGAAAGAAUCGACUGAUCCCUCAAAACCCAAAAGAGGAAGGAAGAAGAAGGGUGAGCAGGAGAACGAAAAAAACGAAGAUCCUGGAAGCCCCGUUAGUCCAUCAGGUGGAGACGCUCCGAAACGGCGAGGCAGGAAGCCGAAAACCGAGAAGCUGCUCCUGCUGCAGCAGGACCAACACGGCUCUGGGAGCGAAAUGGAGACGAACGAGUCUGAGAAGAAGCGAAAGAGGGCAGCGGAGGACAAGCAGCUGAAUGGAGAAGAAGAGAAGAGGAAGAAGAGGGAGGGCAGCAAGGGGAAGGAGGUGGAGCUAAAGGAGUCAGAGGCCAAGAAGAAGAAGGACAACGGCUCGUCUGGCUCGGACGACGACGAGUCUCAGAAAAGCAAAGGGAGGAAGAAGCUGCAGAACGCGGAGGCGGAUAAAGACGGGCGGCGCUGGAAAGCCGACGAACCGAGAGAGGCCGACAAAGAAGAUGUGAAGAAACCUGAGGUGGGACCCAAGAAGAAAGAAAUGUCAACUGACCUGAAAUUACAAAAACUCCACAGUGAGAUCAAGAUUUCCCUGAAAAUCGACAACCCGGAUGUGAAGAAAUGUUUGGACGCGUUGGACGAGAUCGGUUCUCUUCAGGUGACGACUCAGCACCUGCAGAAGCACAGCGAACUCAUCGCCACGCUCAAGAAGAUCCGGAAGUUCAAGGCCAGCCAGGACAUCAUGGACAAAGCCACCAUGCUGUACAACAAGUUCAAGACGAUGUUCCUGGUGGGCGAGGGCGACUGCGUGCUGAGCCAGGUGUUGAACAAGUCGCUCGCCGAGCAGCGGCAGCAUGAAGAGGCCAAGAGAGGAGCGCUGAAGAGAGCAGAGCACGUCAAGGACUGUGGCACAGAGCCGCGCCGGCAGUCACAUGCUGACGGCGCUGUGACGCCAUCGCUGAUCAAAUCUUCCUGCUCUGCAGACAAGGUGGCCAACGGCGACGCCAGCCCUGAGGAGAAGAAGACGGACAAGAUGGAGGACGCCUCGGCGGGAGAAAACCACAGUCCUCCGAAACUUCAGGAGACGGCCUGAACCGCCCGCCGACCCGAAGAAGAGAUUCGCUGCUGUACUGGAACGACGCCCCCUGGUGGACAACGGUUUCCAGUUCUUCUGAAGUGUUGUGUUCCUGCUGCUCCCAAGGUUUCAGUUCACCAAGUUGCUGCAUAGUUUUAUUUUUGUACUUGACACCUUGUGCCGCCUGCUGUUGGAUGUAUUUUAUUCCCGUCGGUGUAGUUGUGAAUGUUACUGACGGUGUAUGAGAAGCGGGGUCAUUCCUCCUCCUCCUCCUCGUCUUCAUCGUGAAGUGUUUUUGUUUUUAUUUUGGUCGAUCAUUUCAGUUGUGAACCUUCCAGGACUUGAAGUACAGAUUCUGUAAACUGAUCAUGUUUUUAAUGCUCUGUAACGCAUGUUUAACAGACGCACAAACAGAAAACUGUGGACUUUGCCAAAGUUUCCUUUUAGCCAACAAAGUGCUUUAUUUUCCAUCAUGUCUUUUAAAAACCUAGAUGUAUAUAAGAGUAUUUUUGUGCUUGUGUCAUCAUCCAGUAAUAAAGUGGUAGCUACAGCACAACCGC